AUAACGCACUGAUCCUGUGACCUAUGACAAAGUGCGGUAUUUACCACAACAAUAACAAAAUUAAUUCAAAAUGUGCCUUUCGACACCGAUCGUUUCCUCUUCGGAAGGUAGUACCUCAACAAAAUCGGCUGUCUGUGCCAGUACAACCAAUCUGAACAACAACACAAAUAAUAACAAUAAUAACGUUUGUACGUUGAAUGCAGUCGGAUGGAGCGAUCACGACGAAAAUAUAAGUAAAUCCAGUAUUAGAAAUAGAAUAUGCGACCCGCAAACACAAAAAUCAUGCGCAUUCGUACGUAGCAACGUAACUGUGGCCAGUGAAGAAGAUGAGCAAUCCAAAGAUUUAGUUGAUAACUUAGGUUUUAAUGAAGAAAAUGCCGUCUACAAAGAAAUUCCACAUGCUACGGAUUCGAAUCAAUCCAUCCAAACACAGGCAUGCAGCAGCGAAUCCGAAUACAACCCACAGAUCAGGUGGUUAGACUUGAUAGCCCAGAUCUUUUUACAUGGCGGUGCUCUGUAUGGAAUUUAUUUGCUAUUCCAAGCAAAUUUCUACACAUUUUUGUGGGUGGUCGUCUGUGUUUGGUGCUCGGGCAUUGGCAUCACCGCUGGAGCCCAUCGUCUCUGGUCACAUAAGUCGUACACCGCGUCCUUGCCAUUGCGAAUUAUACUCAUAUUUCUUUUCACUAUCGCUGGACAGCGCGACGCCUACACUUGGGCCCUGGAUCACAGGAUACACCACAAAUUCUCUGAAACGGAUGCCGACCCGCACAAUGCCAAUCGGGGCUUCUUUUUCGCACAUGUCGGCUGGCUAUUCCUGACGCCACAUCCCAAAGUGAUCGAGAAGCGCAAAGUGAUCGAUAUGUCCGAUUUGGAGAAUGACAAAGUGGUCAUGUUUCAACAUAAAUAUUAUAUACCAUUGUUCGCGUUGAUCUCGAUCGGAUUGCCUGUACUUGUGCCAUGCUAUUUCUGGAAUGAGAAUUUAUGGUUGUCGUUUUGGAUAAAUUUCAAUCUGCGCUUCACUUGUACAUUAAAUGCUGCCUUUUUUGUAAACAGUGUUGCCCAUAUGUGGGGUAACAAGCCAUAUGAUAAAAAUAUUAGCCCCGUUGAGAGUCCCUUUGUGGCAUUUGUGGCACUGGGGGAGGGCUGGCAUAACUACCACCACGUUUUUCCCUGGGACUACAAGACUGGAGAGUUCGGCAGCUUCAAACUAAACAUAACGACUGCCUUUAUUGAUUUUUGUGCUAAAAUAGGCUGGGCCUCUGGAAGAAAGUCUGUGUCUUCUGGUAUGAUUGAGCGACGUGCCGCCAAAUGUGGCGAUGGCUCACGCUUUCUCAACGACGAAUUCGUGCACAGGGAUCAAGUCUGGGGCUACGGAGACGAAGAUAUACAAAACGAGGAUGGCGUUGAAUUGGCCAAGAUGAAAUAAAUUGCAUAAUUUUUAACUGCAUACAUACAUAUACAUAUGUAUGUACAUAUAUAUAAUUGCCAAUGGAGGCUCUUCAAGCGUGUGUAUUAACUUCGACAUUUGUUCAAAUUUUUUGUCAUUUAGAUUUAGGUUUUAUAAUUACAAUAAAAACGUUUUAAUUCAG